GGAGACCCUUUGCACCCCUGCGAACAUGGCGCUGCGAGUGGCGCGCAGCGUGCGGGCCGCGAUCUGCAGCCUGCGCGCCAUCUCUGCGUCCAACGCGCCCUGCCCGCCGCAGCCCUGGGGACUGCGGGCGGGCGCCGUCCGGGCGCUGCGCACCAGCCCCGCUCUGCUGUCGGGUCGUAAAUUCACAGACAAACAUGAAUGGGUAACAACAGAAAACGGUGUUGGAACAGUGGGAAUCAGCAAUUUUGCACAGGAAGCUUUGGGAGAUGUUGUUUACUGUAGUCUGCCUGAAGUUGGGACAAAAUUGAACAAACAAGAGGAAUUUGGUGCUUUGGAAAGUGUGAAAGCUGCUAGUGAACUCUAUUCUCCUCUAUCAGGAGAAGUAACUGAAAUUAAUGAAGCUCUAGCAGAAAAUCCAGGACUUGUCAACAAAUCUUGUUAUGAAGAUGGUUGGCUGAUCAAGAUGACACUCAGUAACCCUUCAGAACUAGAUGAACUAAUGAGUGAAGAAGCAUAUGAGAAAUACAUAAAAUCUAUUGAGGAGUGAAAAUGGAACCCCUAAAUAAACUAGUUUGAAACAACUUAAUCUAGCAUAGUUGUCUUAAAUUAGUGGUGGAUAGAUUUUUAAAAAGCAACUUUUAGCAAAAGAAACUACUUGAAACAAUGUUGCCUGAAGAAAAU